GGAUACGUAGAUGCGGAAUGCUAUGGACAGUAUGGAGCUUCAGAUGCACGCCAAAGACUUAAAACUGAAUUGUGAUUUAAAUUUACGUUUUUAAAUUGUUAUUUUUAUUUGUUACCUUUUUUUUUUGUAUUUUAUUGUGUAAUAUUAUUUUUGGAAACUGUUGAGGUCAUUACCUCUUUUUCCAUUGAUGUUUUCUUCUGGGAACUUAAUUUUCUCUGGCAGAUCUCUGGCGGAGAUUACGAAGUAGAUGAUAAUUGGCUGCAAUUACGUCUCCGGAGCGUAACCAUAGCAUUUGUCGACUUGAGAUCCCAGGGCCAGGUUGGGGUCAGGGUCACAAGGGGCUUCGACUUUUCUGUUCCAUUUCAUUAAGGUUUCUAUUUGUAAGCUUGUAUCAAAAGCUAGACUGUGCGAUGGCCGCCGGAAAGAAGGAAAUCAUGGCCUGCGACUUCGAGAUCAAGGGAAAGCUCCCCAAGGAGGCCUUCGAGUUGUUCGCCGUGGCCCAGGCCAAGACCCUCGGACUUCGGGGAUUCAUCACCCAGGUCAGCGAAGACACCUACAAAGGAGUACUCGAGGGCGAAGGUAAAGUCAUCGAGGCCUUCCAGAAGCUGAUCACCAGUGCCGGCGAGUACGUGGCAGCCAUCAAGGAGUUCAUCAUCAAGAACAUGAAGGCCAUCCAGGAGUACACAUACAAGGCCUUCGAGGUUCAGAUGAAAAAAUAAAAGCAAUGAGGACAAGGGGUCAAUCAUUGGCCAAUAAUAUACUUUGGUACAUCUUUUGAAAUUAUUAGUUGGAUGUGUACUGAAAAUAUUAUAAUAUCUGACCCUA